AUGUUGGCGUCUUGGGUAAUUGAGGCACGAAUGUUUGUCAUUGCGCAUGGUGAAGUUUUGUUGAGAGCUUAUGGCGUAACAUGCCGCAUGCCAUGCAGCCGUACAGCCUCCGACAGCAUUUGUAAGCGGCGUUAUGUUCUCUGGGACACUUGCGCUUGCUGCUUUGUGUUUGUGUGGGGGGACAGCCGACUUGGAGAAAGUUGGCGACGCGGCGAGUUCUUUGACGAGCUGGGCCUGACCCGACCCAAUUGCAAACGGCAGCGCGUCUGCGACUGCAGCUCUAGGGCCCGCUGCGCAUGCAGGAUCCUUUUUGGGCCAAAUGAAAGCAUAGUUAACAGCAUUCACCUUAGACGUUGCAACUUGACAGGCCGACGGAUACACUCUAAUUCCACAGUGUUGCAGCUGGACUCCCUGCAGAGCUUGAUGGUUAGUCAAAGCGGCCUGGAAGGGUCGGUACCCACAGGCUUUACAAGCUCUCUUGCCGAUCUGAACCUUUUUGGAAAUGAGCUGACCGGCGACAUGUCCGUGUUGAGCCACCUCCCAACGAACUUGCGGCGAAUAGUUCUUUCUGGCAACAGGCUUUCGGGAGCCAUCCCUGAGACUUUGCAAUUCCCUCAACUGAAGAUGCUGCGCUUGGCAAACAAUGCUCUGACGGGCGGAAUCCCUGCGAAGCUCUUGGAGGCGGCAACAUUGGAGAUCCUGUCAUUGGCCAACAAUAAACUCAGUGGAGCAAUUCCUGAAAUUUCCUCCCCGACAGGGCAGACGGAAAAGCCUCUGGAAGAGCUUUAUUUGGAGGGGAACCAUCUCCAGGGCGAGAUCCCAAGCAGUAUCGCAAAACUGAGCAGGUUGAAGAUUCUGCGCCUAGAGAAGAACGCUUUGGAAAUGAAGAUCCCAGAGGAGCUGUCAAGCCUGCUGAGCUUGAAACAGCUUCGACUCAAUGGCAACAAUCUCCGCGGACCAAUCCCAGAAGGUCUCGGGAAGCUACGGAACCUGAGGGUCCUGCAACUGAACGACUUGCUUUUGGACUGUUCGAUUCCCGAAGCAUUGGGCAACUUGACCCAGUUGAAAAUGCUGGAUAUGUCGAACAGCAACCUGAUGGGGGCGAUUCCAACACAGCUCGCAAACUUAAACAAGAUGCAGAGUCUUUCCUUGAUGAACAAUGACUUGCGAGGUAGAUUGCCUUCACUGAACAUGCCAGAGCUGAGGGUUGCCCUCUUGGGCGGCAGCCGCUUUUCUGGACCUUUGCCGAGAUCAUUUUGCGAGAUGAAGCAGUUGCUGACCCUGAGUCUGCAUUGGAACAACCUGAAUGGGCCCCUCCCGGACUGCUUGGGACAUGUCUCCAACCUGACACAGCUGUUCCUGGCGCGCAAUGAGUUCGACGGAGAAGUCCCGAAAAGCUUUUCCAACCUGGAGAAGUUGGAAGUGAUUACGCUUCACAGGAACUUCUUCAGCAGCACCAUUCCAGAAUUGACCCAAAGCAGCCUAACAAUUGCAACCUUUCAUGACAACGACUUUGCGGGUACCAUACCGGCAUUCAACUUUUCGUCCGCGUGCAGCAACAGUCCGUGGUAUAGAGUGCACGGUAUCGACUGCUUGGAUCUGAAAGGAGCCAUGGAGCGAGGUGACGUCAGAGACUGUUGGGAGUUGCAAUCGUUAUACAAAAUGGAUAUUGCCGGGCUUCUGCGGCAGUGCCCUAAAACUUGUAAUACUUGCGACGUCAAUGGACUGCCGGCCAAAGCUACACUACACAGGAAUAGACUGGCUGGUUCAAUCCCUCGGUCCAUCAAUAGUUCCAGGAUCCAGGCCACAGCCCUCAUGCAAAACAUACUUGGUGACGGUGAGCCUCUUGAUGCGAAUUGGCUGCCGCCGGAGGAGUCGGAGGAACACUUUCUCUACUAUUCGAGCGAGGAAAGUGCGAAACACGUGGACAUGGCAAUAGUCCUGUGCAUUCUGAUGUCUCUGUUUCUUCUUCCGCCGUGGCAGAGGUGCCUGAAGGAUGCCACAACAAGUGUGACCAAGCCGCCCAGCAGCCUUGUGAAGAAGCUUACCGAAUCCUACAUUCAGGUGCUGCUCAUAGCAGCAUGGUGUGUCGCAGGGUGUCUCAUAACCUGCCCAAUCUAUUACUUCCAUGCAAGCAACUAUCUGCAUACACGGAGUUGUCCGUUUCUGGCCAGCAUAAGCGCCGCCUACUUUCAGGGCUUCGGGAGCCAAGAAGUGUUCAAGCUCUCGGAAGCGUUCAUGAUCGCAUCAUGGUGCGCUUUCGAUGUAUUCAUUCGCUUAACGGCUCUGCGCAUCAAGCCCCCAAUCCAGAAUCAGUGCAGUCGGGGCAGCACGAGGUGUGCGACGAGGUGUUUGUUAUGGAUGAUUUGGCUUUCGAUCGUUUUCCUGAUCUCGAUGCCUCAGAUCCUCUUCGCCAUGGCAGAGGCCGUGCCAAAGGGAUCGGAGUACCAAGGGUGGUUGGAGGUCUGCCACCGUGCGGCUGGCAUCUUUGGUCCUCUUGUCGACAUGUUCGUCGCGAGCAAACUCAGUACGACGUUUGCUCGAGUGACGAGGCUGUUCGGAGAGCCGAUCAAGGCACAUCCGUUGCUGAUGACGCUGCAGCUGUGCUCACAGUGGAUGCUGCCCAUGCUGGCCACGGUGCUUCUGCAUGCGAAUUGCAUGGGCGGAUGGAAGAUGUUUUGGGGUGUUUGCACCGACAGUGUAUCAUCGCAGAGCUUCGAGUGGAAGGUCUUUGACAUGGAAAUCCUUACCACGAGCGAUAUGUGCGAGUACAAGCUGCAACGCUUGUGGGAAGGACGCUGUAGUCGUUCUGUCAUCCAGGACCUGUCACCACUACUUCUGCAGAAGCUGCUUGUGAAGGCAGUCGCGCUUCCAAUCGGUCUUUGGCUUGUUUGGCGCUCGUUGCUUUGGCUCGGUUUUUGGUAUGCGAGUGACGGUUCGGGGCUCCGGCCUGUCGCUGAGCUGCUUACCAAGCCUAUGAAGUCCAUGGGGCAGCACGCCACCCUCAUGACGUGGCUGGAGCAAGCUACGGUUUGGGGGCCCUUGGCCCCCUUCCUCAGUGUGGCGAUUGCUGCAGCUGCUGCGCACAAUCUGAUGUUAGUCCACUUCGCCUGGAGCAAGCGGGUUCCCUGCUGA